AUGGAAGAUAUUGUAGUAGUUGACAACCCAAAACCCUACGUUUGGGCAGAAAUUGUGGACCGAGUAAGUGAAGUUUUUAUUUUAUAAGCCAAACAUAAAUUUUAAUUUUUCAUUUGUUUAGUUAUUAAAAGGUCUAGUAACGCUGCCUAUAAUAAUUCCGAAGUUUGAUGUCGAAACGAAGUGAUAAAAACUUAAAAUUUUAUUUAGGCAUAGUAAAAUCUUAAAAUCAUAUUUUCAGACAGCUGAGACUGAAGGUUGGGCAGUAUCUGACAAUGACUAUAACGUCUGGAAAGGAGCGUUAGGCGAUGACUUUGUUCUGAGAGUAUAUAUGACCAAAGGUAUUUUUUACUGUUUUCUAGCUUUAACCCUAGCCGAUAACCCUAGUCCAAAGCCCUAGCCCAGAGCCGUAGCCCAGUGCCCUAGCCCAGAGUCCUAGCCCAGAGCCCUAGCUCAGAGCCCUAUCUGACAGCCCAGAGCCCUAGCCUAGAGCCCUAGCCCACAGCCCUAGCCCAGAGCCCUAGCCCAGAGACCUAGUUUGGAGCGCUAGUCUAGACCUUGCUUUAGCCUUAACUUAAUUCUAUCUAUAGCCCAAGCCCCAGCUUCAGACCCAGCCUUACCCUUGUCUCUUUUUCAUUUUUUAACCCUGCCCAAUCUAGUUUUACCUAUUCCUCUAGCUCGUGCUUACUACAGAAAAACUGCUUCUACCCUAUUUUAUAAUACUUUGACCUAUUGGACCAUUUAUGAUUAUUUUUAAAAUUUUCAGACGGAAAAUUCGUAUGCUCACUAGCAACCGCCACCUACCAAUCAUCAAUCAGUGAUGUGCCUCUAACCACUGUUGGUAUGUUCUACACAAAUUCAGAAUUUCGAAACAAAGGUUAUGGCACACAGUUGUUCCAAGAGCUAGUGGAUCGACCAGAAAUUGAAGGACAUAACAAAGGAUUGGUCGGGGGUGAGUGCUAUAUUAUAGUAUAUUAUAGUAGGUUAGACAUUGCCACAGCUUUUUAUUGUAAAAUAAGGUUGAAAUAAAAAUCAUUUUUCAUGUAACAGGCUAAUCUUGAUCAAGUUUUGUUGUCAUUUACCGUUUUUUAAAUAAAAUACUAACGAAAAACAGAAUGCCAAAUUUGGCGGAAAAAUAAAAAUUCAAUUUUUUUUGUUGUAAAAUACGAAAAAACAAGCUAUGGUGUUUUAUUUAAGUUUUUUCUUUUAAAUCUCAAUUUAUUUUGUUAAGAAAACACAAUGCCAAAAAGCGCGGGAAGACAGAAAUUUAAAAAUAAAAAGCGCGGGAAAAUUAAAAUUCAAAAUUUUUUAAAAAAUCAUUUUUAGUGGAUUCAAUGGCCGCAAAAUACGCUUCAAGACAUGGAUUCUCUUUGGAAUCCGACUUUCUAUUGGAUUGUUACAUUACCCCAGGCACUGAUAUUCACCCAGAGAACUUACAGAAAGAUCCCACUGUAACUACCACAGUUUAUGACGGAAGUCAUUUUGAGAAAGUCAAUGAAUAUGACAAAACGAUUGUUCCUAAUAUCGACCGGUCUGGAUAUGUGAAAAGUUGUCUGCAAGUUCUGAAGGCUUAUAGCGUGGUAAUUGCUUUAUUUAUUGGGUAGGGUAGGGUAGGGUAGGGUAGGGAAGGGUAGGGUAGGGUAGGGUAGGGUAGGGUAGGGUAGGGUGGGGGUAGGGUAGGGUAGGGUAGGGUAGGGUAGGGUAGGGUAGGGUAGGGUAGGGUAGGGUGGGGGUAGGGUAGGGUAGGGUAGGGUAGGGUAGGGUAGGGUAGGGUGGGGUAGGGUAGGGUAGGGUAGGGUAGGGUAGGGUAGGGUAGGGUAGGGUAGGGUAGGGUAGGGUAGGGUAGGGUAGGGUAGGGUAGGGUAGGGUAGGGUAGGGUAGGGUAGGGUAGGGUAGGGUAGGGUAGGGUAGGGUAGGGUAGGGUAGGGUAGGGUAGGGUAGGGCAGGGUAGGGUAGGGUAUGGAGUAUAAAUUGUAUUUCCAGUUUGCUCAAGACAAUAACGGCAAAGUAACAGGCUACAUACGAGCACGAACAUGCGCUAACCAGCAGCUAUAUAUCGGUCCGUUAUACGCUGAUACUCCAGUAAGUUUUAUAAUAUUGUCAAUUGUUGUCUUAAUGAAAGUUAAAGGACCUAUAUAACAUAAACUUUUUUUAUUUUUAAAUAUUUUUUGGAGAAAGGUCAUUCAGAAGCUUAAAAAAUGUUAUUUUAGGCGAUAGCAGAGACCUUAUUGAAGUCAAUCUUUGAAGGUGAAGAACUCCAUAGACGGUGGGUUAAAACACGUUUUUUAAACAUUUUUUUAAUAAAUAAUUUUAAAAAAUUGUUGAAAAUUGAAUUGCAGUGAAAAUCCUCGUGAAAUACCUCUGAAAGCGGCUAAUUUCACCAAGUUUGUCAUAUCAACUCCCUCAACAAACAAGAAUUUUGUCGAUUUAUGGUCAAAACUUAUCGGAUAUCCGGCUGUUAGAGCUGGAAUAAUGCAUUCUCAAUUCACCAAGAAGAUUUUGAAGGUAUUUUUUAAUAAUUUGUAUUAAUUUUUACAGUUUUAGGCAUUAUAUUUUGAUGUUUUAGGUUCCAACGGACCGAGUUUAUGGCAUUUUCGACUACUGCAUGAGCUAUGCUUGA